UUCCGAGCCAUCGGAUCACGCUUGCGAGAAAUAUGGCUGGAUUUCCGACAUGCUGCUGAAAUACAAUGAAACUGCAUUGAGAGCUUGCCGUUAAUUUUCACGCAAUGGACCCAUUGACCGCCCUUUCGACGGCAGGAACCCUGAGCCAAUUUGUCGAUUUUGCACUCAAGAUCUUGACAACAGGUCACCAGUUAUACUCUGGAUCACUCGCAUCACUCUCGGCAUAUGAAGAGCUGAAAUGUGUGGCAAGGGACUUAUCAGGGCUCGCCAAGAGGUUGAGCCACGCACCGCGACAUGAUGGUGUUUCGGAGGCCUUGCAGGAUGGAGCUGUUCUUGAAGAUCACUGCAAAAAAUGUGAGACUGCUAUUCAGGAUUUGAUGGACCACCUCAGGACGCUCAAAGUGCAAGGAAAGAAAGGAUCUCUGAAGGGUUUUCGACCAGCGCUGAAGGCGACCUGGGCUCAGAAGGACUUAGAAGCCUUGAUCCAGAAGCUGCAAGGAGUUAGGAAAUCUCUUGAUAGCUGGCUGCUUGAUAUCAGCAUCGAUUCUGUAUCAUUACAGCAGGGAGAGCGAUUUGCCCGUCUCGAUGACAAGUCCCAAAUGAUCAUAACCGCUCUGCUUGACUCACAUAGCUCUCUUCCAAGCUACGUAUUGGAUCAGAGAACAGCCGUUGCACAAAUGCUUGAUCGGCUGGACUUGGCUGUCGGCAGCUUAACCAGAUCAGCUCCAGGGGAAAUUUUCACUGGCGAGUUUUCUCCACGAGCUGAAAAUUCUAAGAAUACUAUCUCUGAGAGGACCACUCCAAUUCAAGCUUUAGCAGACGAGUUGAAGCUCAAGCAAGAAGUUGAGGCAUCGAUUCUCGAAAAUUUACGGUUCUCGACUACGACCGACCGGCUCGAAGAGGUAUCCGAAGCACAUCAAAGCACCUUCAAACGGAUUUUCGAGCCACAGAAAGACAACGCAUGGAGCUGCUUCUCAUCUUGGUUGAAAUCUGGAGAUGGUGUUUAUUGGAUCAAUGGAAAAGCAGGAUCUGGAAAAUCUGGCUUGAUGCGAUAUAUCUAUCACCACCCCAAAACACAGCAGGAGCUAUCCGAAUGGGCAGGCCCCACAACGCUCAUCAGAGCGGGUUUCUUCUUCUGGAAUACAGGUACAAAAGAGCAAAGAUCUCAACUUGGUCUUCUACGAGCUCUCCUUUUCGAAAUCCUCGACGGAUCUCGAGAUUUGAUACCUGUAGUCCUGCCCUGGCUCUGGGCUAGAUCCUAUUCGCAGGCGCUCGAUCCACUGACGCCUCACUCGCCAGAGAAGAAGCUGUCAUUGUCCAGUUUAACACAAGCUUUUACCAUCCUUGUGCAGCAGACGAAAGUCCCGCUGAAACUUUGUUUGUUCAUUGAUGGUCUGGACGAGUACGAAGGAGACUUUAGCAAGAUUGUGGGUGUAUUCGAGGGGCUCUCUCGCUCCCAAAAUGUCAAACUUUGUGUCUCAAGCCAGCCAUUGAUCGUGUUUGAGGACACAUUUUCCGCCUUUCCUGGUCUCAAGUUGCAGGAUCUGACACUCAACGAUGUCGAGAAAUAUGUCAAGGAAGAGCUGACAACAAGUGAGAGAUAUCAGCAACUUGCAGCGAAAGAACCCAUCCCCGCCGCCGAGCUGGAGCAAGAAAUUGUUACCUCUGCGGAUGGGGUGUUUCUUUGGGUUCGACUUGUUGUCGAGUGUCUGUUGAGCGGUUUCGGAAAUGACAACGGUGUCCACGAUUUGCAAAGCAGACUUCGAGUUCUUCCCACAGAUCUCAAGCAGCUCUAUCAUCAUCUGUUAAUGAACAAGAUUGACCCCGUUUACAUGGAUGACGCUACGAAAAUGUUCAAGAUCAUACGGGAGACUAAAGAUUCGGAACUUAGUGUCCUUGCAUUUGCUCUUACUGACGAGAGUUACUUUGAGAAGGCAAUCACCAGCCCACUUCGUCCGUGGAAUGAAGGGGAAAUAACGUCCGCUUGCCAGAAAAUGGAAGAUCGAAUGAAAGCUCGUUGUGCUGGCUUGAUCGAAAUCUCCGGUACAGUCACAGAAGCGCUGUACGAGCCGGCGUCGAAGGCAAAUGGCAAAGUGCAAUAUCUCCACCGGACAGUCAGGGAUUAUCUGGAAAAGCCUGAAAUCCACAAUUUGAUAACUUCUCACAUCAAGAAGCUCCAAUUCGAUGCAAAUAUCAGUCUGCUCCAAUCGUCGCUGCUUCAGCUGAAGAUCAUUCCCAAACACAAUACACAGUCCAGAUUUUGGGAUCUGGCCAGAGAGGCUAUGCAAUACGCUUCGGCCGCGGAUUUGAGCACUGAAUCCCACAUGGCAUUGGUCCAUGAAUUAGGAAAGACAAUAAAGGCGCACAGGAGAACUUCCACCAGCUUCUAUCCGGAAAAGUGGUCGGAGUCAUUCCUGGCAGUUGCUGUUCAAUACAAUCUGUGGUCCUACGUUGAAAAGCAACUCAGUUCCCAAGAACUCCUUAAACAAGGGGUGACUGUCCGAACUCUCCUGGCGUACGCUCUUGGAGCACGAAGCUUUCAUAACUAUGAUGUCGCACACAACAAGGAGAUGGUUGGCCUUCUCCUGAAGCAUGCAACAAAGAACGGAACGAACUCCAACAUAUUUAAGACGUCAAGUAUCUGGCAACAGGUGCUCCAGCCUCUCGAGGAACGGUACUUGGAGCAAGAAUUCUUUGUCCGUCAGUUUGAUGUGAUCAGGCUAUUCUUGCAAUACGGAGCGGAUCCGCAAGCUAUCUGCAUUCUCAAAGAUGGGAGGGAGCUUACGGCAGAUACGAUUAUUCGAGAGGGACUACCCAAAUAUCCGCAUCCUGCUACUGAGGAUAUACUGCGCAUGCUAGAUGUUCAAGAAGCUCUUGAGAAGCCCAAGCCCUCGGUGAUUCAGCGCUUUUCUUCGUGGUCAGCGCGCAAACCCAAGGCAAAGAACACGACGGCACUCAUAUGAUGAGUAUGUGCCUUAUGAUUGGGCUCCGCUGGGGAAGCAAAGAGACUCCGUAACUUGAACCUGGGACAUCGCCCGCAGGAUCGUGGUCGAGAAUCUUUCUCACAGCAGCCCCCAUUGAUAUCGCGACCCUCUAUGAUGACCAAAGUCGCUCGUUGUUGAAGAUAUUUCUGUGCUGCUCAUCAAUUGUCUCCUUGAAGCGACUCAAACUCCCCAAGUAUGCCAAGUCAAUUCAUAUAUCCAAGUCGCUGCCUUCCGUAGAAGAAGAGAGGUCUCCGUCCAUG